GUGCAUAUACACGCUGUCCUUCGUGCUCGACCUACGAGUGGAACUCGAUUUUGAUGCAGCGCAACUGUAGGUGCAAGUGUGGAGUUACUCUCGGGCUCCACAACCCGAACAGGAAGAAGGCUGGCAAGGGCAACGGGAAGGAGCAGACUGAGCUUUGGCUUGGGAUGCCACCAUCACCAUCUAAGGGGGCGUCCUUGCAGGAUGCCGCGGCGACCUUGCAGCAGGCGAUCCAGGUGGCGCAGGACCCCGCGCUCAAACUGGCCCUCCAGGCGGCGCUGGCGCAGCAGGCCCCGCCCGCGGCCAAGCCAGCCAUCUCGGCGGGCGAAGCCCACAGGCGGGCCGAGGCUGCGUGGCGCGACGCCAAUGCCAAGCACGACGCGGCGGCGAAGGCAGUUGCGAGGGCCAAGGAGCAGUUGGCGCAGGCACAGCUGCGUGAGGAGGAGACCGUCAGGAUCUUGGCACAGGCCGAGGUCGCCAAGAGGACGGCAGUACGGGCCCUGGCGGCUGAGGCAGGCAUGGAUGAGCAUGGCAAGUCACAGCCCCCCGAGAAGACAGGCCCAGGCAAGAGUGACUUAUGUUUCGAUAUAGUCUGGGAUGAGAGUUUCUUCACUUCGCUCAAGGACGGCGCCCUUGAAUGCGAGGACAGCAGGAAGCAGGCAUUGCUGCAGUUAGAGAAGGACCUCAUUGCCGCCGAGGGUGUCCUCGGCGAGAAUGGCGACAAGGUGCGCGAGUGGCACUCGCGCAUGGAGGCGCUCAAACAGCAGCUCUCGGAGCGGAUGAAGAAGAAGCGCAAGGGUCUGGACGGCAACGUGCAGGGCGCGACGCAGCAGUCGCCCGCCGAAGCCCCCGCCGAAGCCCCGCCAGGCGCGCCGCCCGCGGCAGCUGAAGGCGAGUCGCCUGAGGCAGUGCAGCAGCGGAUCGACGAGGAUGUCGGGCGGAUCCGCAGCGCCCAGGCGGCGGCGCAGGCAGCGGCGGCGGCCGCCAGCCAGGCGGCCCAGGCGGCGCAGGCUGCAGCGGCCAAGGGCGGCGGGCGUGGCGCUGCGAGCGGCGCAGGCUUGCGCCGAGAGCGCAGGGGGACAUGCUGCGACGUCGCGAGGCUCGUCGGCGUCUUUUUCAGGUACUUCAAUGUCGGGUUCGCCUCGGGGUUCGUCGACCUCGG